AUGCCCGAAGAUUUCCCACGCGGUGGACGCGACCAAGCCUUUCAACAAAGGAAGAAACACAAAGAGGCCGAAGCAGAUCUUCCUUUCUUUGUUCAAAAAAAGAGAAAGAAACGAGCUUUGGAAGAAGCAGCCGAUGGCAUUGCUACUAAUGCUGCCGCUAUCAAGGAUGAUACCUAUUUGUUUGGUGAAAAGAAAAAGAAACCCUCCAAGAAAAAACCCAAAAAGAACAAUGAUUCGACUACUACCGGUACUACUGGUACUGUGGACAGCAGCAACAACAAUAACAACAAACACUCCUUGCUCCCAUUGGGUGGAGGUGGAGUCAUUUACAAGAAACAUCAUCCCACCAGCAAAGACAAAGACAAAGACAGCAAGAAAAACACUAGUAAUGAGAAGGUUGAACCCUUUAUUGAAGCUCUGGGAUUUUCAAGAUUGGCCAAAGGCACCAAGUUGUUGGGAAUUGUCAGAGAAGUUCAGGAAGAAUUUGCCCUCGUGUCAUUGCCCAAUCUAUUGACGGGAUAUGUCCUACGAUCAGAGACUGGCAAGACGGCACCACCCUUGACAAAGACCAUUUCUGUAGGACAAGUCUUGGCCGUGGUCAUUCUCAAAACCGUCACGGAAACCACCAAGAAACAACACAACAAUAGUAAUAGCAACAACAACACGCGACGAAGGAUUCAGGUAUCGUUGGAACCUUCCGCCGUCAAUCCAAGGCACGAGGAACCGGCCCCAAAAUUCCCAAUCCGAGGCAAAAUUCAAACGCUAGAAGAUCAUGGAAUCUUGGUCGAUCUGGGACAUGGACGCAAGGGAUUCUUGGCAUUUGCCGAUAUGGAUGACAACUCGUAUGUGGUCAAGGAAGAGGAAGAUGAUGACGAUGAAGACAACAAGAACAAAGACAACAAUGACAGUGAUGAGGAGGAGGAUGGCUUGACCGUAUUGAAAGUGGGUCAAUUGCUUGAUUUCAUUGUCAAAAAGAGAUCCAAGUCGGUGGCGGACAUUUUACCCUUGAAGCUACCAUCACCUGAUGUCAUGGCCAAACAAGCCAUUCCAUUGUCGUCCGAUUCUACACCAUCCAUCCAAUCCAUUACUCCCGGAUGGCUCGUCAAAGCCAAAGUAGAGGCACUGGCCCGCAAUGGACUCUGUGUCGCCUUUUUGGGCAACGUCUUUCGAGGAGCCGUCGAGUUGGCGCAUUUAGGUGGAUUCUGGAUUCCCACCACCAAACACGCGGAUGGAUCCACGGAUUGGAAAACAUUGUUUCAAUCGAAUACUCCUCCCAUUCUCUCCUUUACCGCGCGCAUCUUGGCGGUCGAUCCGGCCACCAAAAUGGUGCGGUUGUCCGUCUUGCCACACUUGAUGGAUAUGCGUCCACCUCCCACUGCUCAUCUGCCCAAUCCCGGGACGGUCGUACAAGAUGCCACGGUGAUUCGAUUGGAUCCAGGAGUAGGUGCGCUAUUGGCAUUGCCAGUGGAAACGAAGGAGGACAAGAUGGACUUGGACGAGGACAAGGACGCCGACAACAGCGACGACGAUGCGGAAGAAGAAGGUGAUGAAGAAGAAGACAAUGGUGCCGCUUCGCUGCUGCAUGAACCAUUGUCGGAACAGUCAAUCUACAAGGAUGCCACCAAGGUUCGAGCCGUCUAUGUCCACAUUUCAAAGGCAAUGGACGACACUGAAGACGGGAAGAUUCCGGAGGCAACUUUUGCCAAGAACUUUGCUCCUUCGACAAAACACACCGUACGCAUUCUGAGCACUUCCAAUCUCGUGGAGAGCGUCGCAUCGGGGGCUGCCGCGGAGAGCAUUAUCAAUGCGCACGUCUUGACCCACGCAGAUUUGAAACCUGGCAAGAUCUUCCGCAAAGUGCCUGUUUGUGCUCACUUGAAUGGAGGGGCGUUGCUGGUGGAGUUUGGAAUGGAAGUGAGAGGUCUCCUUACAGCGGAUCAUCUGUUGGAUCAGGCAGGCUCGGCGGAAUAUCAAAGCAAACUGUUGAAAUCCAAGUUUGCUGUUGGGGCCAAAGUGGACGUACGUGUUCUGUCCUCAGACCCAACGACCAAACGAUGUUUCGUCACAGCCAAGAAAUCUCUGUUGCAGGCAACCAAUAUUAUCAGUGAAUGGGACACUUGCAAGCCAAACUCUGUUGCCACUGGCUUUAUUUCCAGAAUUGAUGACAGAGGUCUGUUCGUGCAAUUUUUCGGCAAGGUGUUUGGUUUGGUCCCAGCCAAAAGUUUGGCUUUGGAACUGGGCAUCGACGAUCAUCGCGCAAACUACAAAGUUAGGGAUGUCGUUCAGUGUCGGGUCGUCAGCGUGAAGAAGCUUCGUCGCGUGAGAAAGCGGCGUUCACGCCAAGCCAUGGACCAUGACGAUGAGGAAGAUGACGAAGAAGAUAGUUCGGAUCAUUACAUGAAGCAACUCACUCUGAGUUUGCGAGUGAACACAGGCGAAGAUGCCAAGGAUGAUAAGCAGAUGCAAACCGACGAGGAACCAUCCAAGAGCGUAAAGCUCCGUGCGGGCACUCUUCUACCGGAAAAGGCCAUGAAAGUUGUUAGCCUUGUACCAGGGAAGGAGAGAAACAACGGAACGUUUGUACCGGGCCAUGCGAUUGUGCACGUCAAAUCGAAAUACCUUGUUGACGAGGCAGAGAGUGCAACAAUGCCGCCAUUCGUGGAAUGCAAACUUCCCUACCAUCAACUCUUAGAUUCCUACAAACCAGAAGAACACGACACUGCGGCAGCGAUGGAUGAUCUAGCGGAGAGGCUCCUUGCUCCCGGGAAAUCCUUGAAAAUGAAGGGCCUUUUGCUUUCAGAUGCCAGAAAGACCGGCUCCGAUCAACUUGCUGUCGUUUCUAUUAGAGCAAAGCUCGUCGAAAAUGCCGAGGAACGAGCGAAAACCAAAGACACCGAGGCUGAUUGCGUCGUAAUGCCUUCUCCCGACUUCAGUCUGUAUGAGGGGGCCCGGGUUCUGGGAUUUGUCAACAAUAUUGACCAGCGAUACGGUGCUUUUGUGCAAUUCUUGGGUGGGUUGACGGGCAUGGUCCAUAAAUCAAAGGGCGGCUUGGAUUUGGAGCUAUUUAGCACCGUGAAUGCUCGUGUAGUGUCGAUUGACACGAAAUCGCCACCCAAGAUUGUCCUGUCGGUUUCCGAAGAGUACCACAAAGCCAAGAAGACAAGAAGGACAACUCAGAAAAACGACAAGCAUAAGUUUCGUCGGGGAGCUGCGGUUCAGGAGGUUGAGGUUGAAAGCCUUGACUUUUACAAUGCAAAUUUGAAGAUUCUAGAUAAGGCAUGGGAUGGCGUGAAAGUGCACGCUCGCAUGCACUGUACGAUGGCGGCGAGUGAAGACUUCACACCUGGCAGCAAAACGUUCAAGGGAAAAUAUACAAAGGCCACAACGAUUACAAAGUAUCACCCUUUUCAUGGUUGGGCAACCGGAGACAAGCUGCGGGGCCUCCAUGUGGUUUCUGUGCAUGUGAAAGGCGACGUCUACGAUGUGGAAUUGACCAACAAAGGAAAGGUCAAAGAAUCCCAGGAUGAUGAUGAUGACGAGGACGAUGCAGGCAUCGUGACAAGCAAGAAGCUAAUGGGACAAAGAGUUCGUCGUGGGCAUCUGCCGCUUGGACGGAAAGUAUCAGUGAUUGUCAAGCAAGUUUCUCAUUUCAAUGGCGGAGUUUGCGUGGAAUUGGCCCCAAAACUCAGUGGUUUCGUUCCUGGUUUCGAAUGCUCGACCGAUGCUGAGAUUUUGAACAACCUGGCCUCCCACAUUCCCGUCGGUGCGCGCCUCAGUUGCACCGUUAUUGACAAGCAACGUUGGCAUAAGCGAACAUCUCAAGCAACUGGUUCUUCUCGGCUGGUAAAAGUCGAUCACGAUGACUCUAGUAGAGUUUACCUUUCGAUGCUGUCAGACAAGCCUUCCGGCAUUUCGAAGCCUGCUCGGGGAGAACUGGUCGUCGGUCGCAUCCAACGCGCGUUGAAGCAAAUAAACGCCCCAUCGCUUAUGCUGGAACUUCGGGGCGGUUAUGUUGCACGGUGCUGCAUUUCUGAGCUUGAGGAAAUGGAUGAAUGGACCAACAUGCCGCUUGGAAGCAGUGCUGGUCGAAGCCAUGAGGGAACGGAUGCCGCUGUAGUUUCUGGUGAAAGCGACGCAGAUGGUGAAGAGGAAUCAUCCCCAAGCAAGGACACGCGAAGAAGCUUGUUGUCGGAUGAGCCCUUUGCAAACGGGAAGUAUGUAUCUUGUCGAGUACUCGAAAGCAAGUCCUCCCUUCCGUUGGUCGAUGUGAGCCUCAGAUCAAGCCGCAUUGAGGGGGACCUCGAAGAUGACGAUGUCCCUGAAGAAGGGGAGAUGUGCCACGCAUAUGUGGCUGUCACGAACAAGAGCGGUUGCUUCGUCCGCGUAUCACGCACCGUGGAAGGCAGGGUUAUCAUCAAGGAGUUAGCUGAUGACUUUUUGCCAAACCCAGCAGCUAUAUUUCCUCCUGGCAGGCUUGUCGUCGGCAAGGUUAAGGCAGUCAGGGAAGCCACAGGCAAGAAACAAAAAAGAACCACGGUGGAUCUAGACCUGCGCGAAUCGAGUGUGCUAGAAAGUGAAGAGCUCCAGUUUGAGGAUGUCGAAUUGCAAAGUAAACACAAAGGAAUCGUCACUCGCGUGGAGGACUAUGGAGUCUUUGUCCGCUUGAACAACAGCAAGGUUUCUGGGCUGGUCCACAAGAGUGAAUGCAGUGACAAAUACGUCAAGAAUGCCUCAAAGUUCUACGACCCCGGCGAUCUUGUGAAAGUGCUUGUCAUCAGAAAAGAUGAAGAAGAUAAGAAGAUCGGUUUCAGUAUGAAGGCUAGCCACUUCGCAGAUGAUGAAGAUUCUGAUGAUGAUACCCUUGAAGAAGCUGCCUCGGAUGAUGAUGAGGAGGGAGACACGGAGAUGCCCGACGCACGUGAAGCGCUUGAAGUGGACUCUGACGACCCGGAUUAUGCAUCCAAGUUGGCAAAGUCUCUGGCGGGUGCGAAAAAGGAAGGCUCUGACGAUGACUCCAGCAGCAGCGGAGACGACAAUCAGGAUGAUUCCAGCAGUAGCAGCGAGUCGGACGAUGACGACGACGCACCUGCUGAAUCCAAAACAUCUGAUGCUCAGAUGAUGGACACUGAUGUGGGCUUUGACUGGAGUGCUAACGCAUCGCAACUUGCAAAGAAAAGAGCUGCUGAUAGUGACUCUGAAUCAGAUGAGGACGAUUCAGAGGAUGACGAUGCGCUGGCAUCAUCCACAUCUCACAAGUCUAGAAAAAAACAGGCACAGAAGCGACGCGAAGAGCAAGAGAUCUCCCGCCGCGAAACAGCGCUGGCAGAUGGUACAGCCGACGACAACCCCGAGACAGCAGCCGACUUCGAGCGUCUUCUGAGCGGCAGCCCCAAUUCAAGUGAGAUAUGGAUUCGAUACAUGGCAUUUCAUCUGGCGCUGGUGGACAUCCCUGCAGCUCGUGCUGUGGCCGAGAGGGCCUUCGCCAGAAUUGAAUUCAGUCAAGAGCGGGAAAAGUUGAACGUUUGGUGCGCUCUUCUUGCGUUGGAGCUCAAGUACGGAAGCCCCGCUAGCUUCACCUCAGCAAUCGACCGUGCUUGUCAGCAAAACAACCCAAAGCAAGUCUAUUUGCGUGCUUGUGAAAUGCUGGCAAAGGAAGUGAAUGCUUCGUCGCCAGAAACUGUCUUGCGUGCAGACGAGAUGUUUGCCAAAAUGUGCAAGAAGUUCAAAUCGAAAAAGCAGGUUUGGAUCGCCCAUUUGCAGUAUUUGCUUCGGGGAGGCCGGCACAAGGAAGCCCAUGACCGCCUAAGACGCUCAUUGAAGUCGCUUCCAGAUUACAAGCACGUUGAAACCAUGUCGAGAUUCGCUCAGCUGGAGUUUGAGUUUGGCAGCGCAGAGCGCGCAAGAACCAUCUUUGACGGGGUUAUCCUGAAGCAUCCAAAGCGACUCGACCUUGCCUUUGUUUACGCUGACAAGGAAGUGAAACAUGGUUCCAUGGAGAUGGCAAGAGCCCUAUUCGAGAAGAUUGUGAACCCUCAAGGGGGCACUCCCAGAAAGCUAUCCGACAAACAGAUGAAGAGUCUCUUCAAGAAAUGGUACAAGCUCGAAGAGGAGCACGGCACGAGCGAUACCCAAGAGCACGUAAAGGAGGCAGCCAAAGCCUUCGUCAGUAGGUCUUAA